AUGGAUAAAUCAUCUCAGAAGCUAGAGACCUUUCAGUCCGAACCAGCUCUAGAACAUGGCUCCUCCACCGAAUAUCAUGAGCUAGAAAGAAAGCUGGAAAGUCGGCACAUUCAAUUCAUUGCUCUUGGAGGUGCCAUCGGUACUGGCCUUUUCCUUGGAAUUGGCCGUGCCUUGACUCAAGCUGGUCCACUUAGUCUUCUACUGGGUUACAGCAUUUCAGGCGCAGCUAUCUUUUGCAUGAUGCAGAGCUUGGGUGAAAUGUGUACUUGGCUCCCCCUCCCAGGAGCAAUCCCUCAGUUCGCAGAUCGUUGGGUGGACCCUGCGUUGGGGUUUGCCAUUGGUUGGAAUAUCGCCGCUGUAUCUGUCGUGAUACAGUACUGGGAGGGAGCCCAAGGCGUCAAUGUCGCAGUCUGGAUAACCAUCCUCAUCGUCUUGGUGGCUUGCAUUAACCUUUUCGCCGUCUCAGUCUACGGAGAAGUCGAAUUCUAUUUUGCCGGCGUCAAAGUCAUUGCCAUCAUCGGUCUCAUCUUGUUAGCCUUCCUCAUCGAUCUAGGCGCAACAGGGCAAGGCCGUAUCGGAUUCCGCUACUGGAAGGAUCCCGGAGCGAUGAAAGAGUAUGUGGCGACCGGUGAUCUCGGUCGUUUCCUAGGCUUCUUUUCGACUCUGGUUAAUGCAGCCUUUUCCUUUGGUGGUAUCGAGACUGUUGCCGUAGCCGGAGGCGAGGCCAAGAACCCACGAAGGAACAUUCCCAAAGCUGUCCGUCGAGUGUUUUGGAGAAUCCUGUUCUUCUAUGUUCUAGGCGCUCUAGCCGUUGGCGUCUUGGUCCCUUCGAACGACGAAAAGCUACUGAGUGCUCAGGCAAACGGGUCCAAGGGUGCGGCAGCCUCACCAUGGGUUAUUGCUAUCACGCAUGCCAAGAUCAAGGUCUUGCCAUCUAUUAUCAAUGGUGUGAUCCUGAGUUCUGCCAGUUCCGCCGCCAACGCCAUGACCUUCAAUGGAAGUCGAUAUCUCUUUGCUUUGUCCAAGAAUGGACAAGCCCCCAAGAUCUUUCAAAAAUGCAACAAAAGGUGA